UGUGUGUAUUGACGAGAAAAUGCAAAACGCUUCAUAAACUUGAAAACCCACGCGUCCCUUCCUCUUCACAACCAACACCCCAAACAAAACCCUAAUCUCCUCUUCCCUUUUCUCUUUUCUCCGCGUUUUCCCGGAAAAUCCAUCACUUUCCGGGAAUCCUCCCACGUCGCACAAUCCAAUUCGUCCAUGUAUGGACGACAAAGACAAACCACCUCCCGAUCCAUCAACCGCCGCUGAGUUCGCAAGCUGGAUGCUAUGCGCCGACGACUCUGAUUUCUUCUCCGGUGACAGGGAGAGAAGCAUACUCGGCGACUUCGGCUGGAACCUCGAACCGGACCGGAUCUCCGCCGCCGACGAUGGAUUGUGGCUGCCGCCUCAUGCCGCUCCGUCCGGUUCGAUCGAAAUCAAACCGACGGCGUCUGCGUCGAUUAACCAAUCGGUUUCUUCCAGCUCCAGCGAGGAUCCACCGGAGAAGUCCACCGUCUCCGACGAGAAGCCGAUUGAAAUACCCUUCUUCGGGGUUAGUGCAAUUCUGUGUCCGUACAAUCAGGAAUCUUCUUAGUUCUUCUCCCAAACAGAACAUUAAGCCGCGUUUUCUUUUUUCCUUGGGGAGUAGUAAAAGUAAGAAGAAGGGGCAAAAGCGAAUACGGCAGCCGCGGUUUGCAUUUAUGACCAAAAGUGAAGUUGAUCAUCUUGAAGAUGGCUACAGAUGGAGGAAGUAUGGUCAGAAGGCAGUUAAAAACAGUCCAUUCCCUAGAAGCUAUUAUCGCUGCACAAACAGCAAAUGCACGGUGAAGAAAAGGGUUGAACGCUCUUCUGAGGAUCCAACUACUGUGAUUACUACAUAUGAAGGCCAACAUUGUCAUCACACCGUUGGAUUUCCUCGAGGGGGCUUCAUUAAUCAUGAAGCUGCUUUCACCAGCGGCCAGUUGGGUCCUCCAAUGUCACGAUUCUAUUAUCCAAUUCAAUUAUCAAGAGAGAACACUUCAAGCAGCAUUUCUCAGCCUUCCCAAGCACAUGAUGAAGCUGGAGGAUCAAGCACGAUGAUGCCAGCUGAUGACGAUGCGUCGCCACAGCCUCCUACGGAUGAAGGACUGCUUGGAGAUAUUGUACCUCCAGGAAUGCGCAACAGAUCAUGAGUCAAAUAUUUAUUUCUUGUUCUGUUAGUACUGCGUUUGAUGGGCUAAUGAUCCAUGCAUGUGUACCAAUCUACUAUGGUAGAAGACUAGAAGAUUAGAAGGUAAUUGACUCUCUUGCUUCCUAUUUUGACCUAUAGCUAAGGUAUAUAGAUAUAUGUUGAUUCAGAUAUUGAUUUAGUGAUAGUAAUUAGAAUGUUUGUAUACAGACUACGCUUGAAUCAGUGGUAACCACUGUGUAUAAUGUAUAUUAAUGCAUGUACCUUUUUCCCCUGUUUCUUUGAA